AUGCACUACUACAUCACUACCUCAGGGCCCUCGGAUAUCGUCGAGAACAUGGCACACUGCGAUAUUGCCCACACGGAGAUCCUGAGAGAGUUGAUGCUAAUCCUGUCCGAAUGGCCAGACGACACGCGAGUAUCAUUGUCCAUCGAUCUCAAUGAUAAACACUACAGAAAAUCGAAAAUCACCGAGCUUCACCAUUUCAAUGUGGUGAAUCCUCAACUCCUUCCGAUCGUGCUAUGCGUCCGUAGCUUGAAGUUCUCGUUCUUCUACCAACUCUCGUCUCUGAGACGGAAUGUCGAGGGCGACUUCCUCCUUAUGCAAAAGUUUCCUAACUUGGAGUCUUUCGACCUCGAUGCUUCGGAGUUUCCCUUCUUUAUGGAACCUCGACGAGAAAUGCGAAAGUCUUUGAUCAACGCCCUGUCAUCAUAUCAGUCCCCGACAUUGGCAAGGCACGGAAAGCUUAUCAUCCUACCCAACAGAUACGGUCCCUUCCAGCAGCUACCGCAGAUGUCCAAAGACGGAGAGAGCGAUCCUCUCUUCGUAGGCCUGCGCCGAGCAAUUGAUGGCUUUUCAGAAUUUGACACCGGCAAAAUAGUGCCAGGCGCAAUCCGAGAAGGAGAUGCUGAGGAGCCGGUGUGGAAAGCUGAUGUUUCGGAACUCGUCAAACGCAGAAACAUCGAACGUUCCUACUUAGAGGAUAACCCCCCAGACAGGCAGUAUAGCGUCAGCGGCGACGACAAAGUAGCCGCCUGGACCGUCAACGAGAAGGUCAUGGUGCCAAUGCUCACAUCCAUUGCCAAGGCAGCGGGCCAGAUGAUCUCCCUCAAGGAACUCCGGUUCAAAGUCAUCUUGGCUAAGUACGAUUGUUAG